AUGGCAACCCAUCGGUAUCGGCCGCUCCUGCUUGCAGACGACGAGCAGGAAACAAAAUCCAUGAUCACAAGUUGGGUACGCUUCAAUGCCAAGCAUGGUUCAGCCUGGACAGAACUCUGUCAUGAGAAGAGGAAGGUUGGAAGAAGGUGCUUAAACGAUUCAACCGAUUGUGUGCGCCAUCUCCUUCGAAGUCAUGAGUUCGCGGUGGGACUUCUUCAAAGAGAACCAAGAGGACAGGGCAAAGAAGAGCAUGCACUGAAACCGUCGUUGCCACCGCCAGUUCCGAAAUGUGCAGCCAACCCUCGGGGCAUUGCGUGUUGA